CUUUGGGAAGCUUUCAAUGGUUGAGGAAAUAGAUCUUCAAGUCAACCAGUUAUCAGGAACCAUUCCAUCUUCUUUUGGAAACUUAACCAAGUUAUCCGCACUGGGAAUGCAAGGGAAUAAUCUUCAGGGAAGCAUGGGGGUGCUAGGGGGAUGCCUUGGACUGCAAGAAUUGUAUGCUUCUCAAAAUAACUUUAGUGGCCCAAUACCUCAACAACUUCUUGGCCUCUCUUCCUUAUCAAUCUAUUUGGACUUGUCUAAAAACCACUUUACUGGUUCCCUUCCCAUGGAGGUUGGGAAGUUGAACAAUCUAGGUGCAUUGGAUGUUUCUGAUAACUUGUUAUCAGGAGAACUUCCCAAUAGCCUUGGUAGUUGUAUACAUCUAGAAGUCCUACACUUGCAGGGUAACUUCUUCAAGGGGAUCAUUCCUUCAUCUAUGAUUUCGGUUAAAGGGAUUCAAGAUUUAGACAUUUCUCGUAACAAUUUUUCGGGUGAAAUUCCACGAUUUUUAGAGAGCUUUGCCUUGUUGAAGAAUCUGAACCUAUCUUUCAAUCAGUUUUGGGGAGCAGUACCAACUGGAGGUGUUUUUAAAAAUGCAAGUGCUACUUCAAUUGUUGGAAACACCGGGCUCUGCGGCGGUGUUCCUAAUCUCCAACUGGCCAAGUGCAAGUCUAAAGAGUCCAAUGGAGGCGGAUUGUCUCGUGGCCUGAAAAUACUUAUCUCCAUAGUUGUUGGGUUUGCUCUUCUAGGAAUAGCUGUGGUGUUGUAUUUUCUGUUUCUUCGAUCGUCACGAAAGGAAAACAGAGAAACUGCAUUGAGCACUUCAAUGAACUCUGUUUUGCAAGUAUCAUAUAGUACUCUUCUCAAAGCUACAAACGGGUUCUCUUCAGCUAAUUUGAUUGGUGUGGGCAGUUUUGGGUCUGUGUAUAAAGGAGUUCUUGAUUUUGAUGGAGCUCAGCUUGUUGCCAUCAAGGUGUUUAACAUGUUAUAUCAUGGAGCAUCUAAGAGUUCCGUGGCCGAAUGUGAGGCGUUAAGAAAUAUCAGGCAUCGAAAUCUUGUCAAGAUUAUUACUGCAUGUUCAGCUGUUGAUUAUCAAGGUAAUGAUUUCAAGGCUCUUGUGUAUGAGUUAAUGGACAAUGGGAGCUUAGAAGAGUGGUUGCAUUCGACUAUUGAAACGAAAGAGGAAACAGAUGCACCCAAGAAUUUAAAUCUUCUUCAGAGGCUAAACAUCAUCAUUGACAUUGCUUGUGCACUUGAUUAUCUUCAUAACGAUUGCGGAACACCAAUAGUCCAUUGCGAUCUCAAGCCAAGCAAUGUUCUCUUGGACACAGAGUUUACUGGACAUGUUUCUGACUUUGGACUUGCAAGAUUCCUUGCAAAAUUAGCCGAUAAGGCUUCAGCAAAUCAAGCAAGUUCCAUUGGCAUAAGGGGAUCGGUUGGCUAUGCUGCUCCAGAGUAUGGUAUGGGAAGUGAAGUGUCGAAAAGUGGAGAUGUCUACAGCUUUGGCAUUCUCUUGUUAGAGAUGUUUACGGGAAGGAGACCCACUGAUCACAUGUUUAGUGAUGGCUUGAACCUUCAUAAUUUUGUGAAGACGGCUUUUCCCGAUCGAGUCACAGAGAUUGCAGAUUUACUUCUUCAAGAAGGCAGCAUCAAAUCUCCCGAACAAUACAGCGUGAAUGAUCAAAGAGUGGAGGAGUGCUUAAGUUUGAUAUUUAGACUUGGAAUUGCAUGUUCUGUUGAACCACCCGCGAACCGAAAGGAUAUCAGUGAUGUUGCAUCUGAAUUACAUUCCAUCAGGUAUAUGCUUCUUGGUUAGAAACUUUUCCUACUUUCCUACUCUACAUAUCAAGGAAAGAAUUAGUGGCGCCUGCUGCUUAAGGCUUGGUCAUCAUCUUUUUUUUCUUCUGUUUUUGAUGCUGUUUGUUCUUACAGUUUCUUGUGAGGGAUUUAGUGUGUUUGUUCAGCAUAUUAUUAUUAUUAUUAUUUUCUACUUGUGUAGAUGAAAUUAUGAGGAAAUCCAGAAUCCUUGCAACCAUGUGAGAGCUGAGCUGCCUAUUGGCCAAGUUGAUGAACCCUACUUGUGUUAGUUUGGACCACAUUUCAAUUCAUGAAAAUAACAUUAGGAUUUGCAGCCAA